AGGCGGGGGAGGGCGAGGAGGUGGAGGUGGAGUGGCCGAUGGCGGUGUUGCUUGCGAGGAGGGCGUGAAGAUGAAGUGGGUGGCUUUGGGAUGUAUUUGUCGUCGUUUCUGACGUUGAAUGCGCAGGUUCUGCCUAUUUUGUGUUUGAGGUUGUCAGUCAGCGCCAGUGGGCAAUUGCCAUCCGUCCACCGCGGACGCUUGUUUACCGCCAUGGGUGACACUCAAACACUUCCACCGAGGCUUCGACUGGGCAGCGUUGGUAUAAUGCACUCACAGUCAUUGUGGUCCCAGUACUACGGGUUUAGCUCUGUUGAUUAUAUGAUUAUGAUUUCUCAGGGAUAUCAGCGCUUCCGAGCAAAGAAAAUGAUGAUUGAUUUGACAACUGAA